GCGACGACGACGCAGCCAAAGUGUUCAGAGCGCAGUCAGGAAAGUUCGCUGGAGAAGCGACCCGCGGUCCCGGGUUCUUCUGUCAUGGGCUGUUUCCUACGGAUCUCCUGUGCAGGCAUGACGACUGCACACUUCAAGUAGCAAGGACUUUCUGUGCUGUUUGGUGGGUGUUUUGAGAGGGAAUCUCGCCAUGUCCUUGAAAGGUAACAGUUAACGGGAACUACCUUCGCUGCACGCUAUCUUUUCAAUGGACUAUCCGGCAUCUUACCAUCCAGCGAGUGACUUUGAUUGUAUGUUUCCAUGACCUGCUGAUAGCCUUAAAUACUGACCAUGAGCAUAACUUAGCUGACAUUGUCAUAUCAAGCCUGAUCGUGGGGGUUUGAACACGAUAAACUCCGCCGGUGUCAACGAACCGGCACCCUGAUCUCAGAAACACCGAUCAUGGCUGCAGCAAUGCCCGGAGAGGAAAGCCCUUUGCCCGGCAAUAUUUCCAGGACAGAUCGGAACGUAUUGGGGGGACUGGUCCACUGUUUCAUAUGUGGAAGCGGAGUAACGCCAGGGAAGGAAUUGAGGUUACAAGUGGCAUACCAAAAAGAGAGGGUUUCUUUUUUCCCCUUUCUGCAAAAUCAAGAGCCAGCCCCGGGUGCGUGUGAGCUGAGCCCGGAGGGACACGCGCUGGUGUGCGCCGUGUGCCACUGCUUCCUCACGGAGCAGUGGAACUCGUUCGAGCGGAGCAGAACGCCCAUUGAGAAGCGCAUGUACUGGCUGAAACGACCGUACCAGUGCGACUCUCGGCGGGUCCCGCAGGAGUGGAACCUCUCUUACGAUCUGGAGAGGAGAAUCAGCGUCGGCAGCCAGAACUACGACGGGGGCGCCGAGUCCGAUUUCUCGUCCUUUUCAGAAAACGAGAACCUAUCGGAGCAGGAGAUGGAUUUGGUCGACAGAGCCGGCGCGAGCAAAGACAAGUGUCCGAAAGCAUCUGGCAAGUCGCCAAGAGACAGCGGCAGGAAGAACAAUGCCGUCAGUGUUAAAAACAGCCCCGAUUCACAGCGGGCGAUGCGCUGCCCGGCGGGUGUCAACGGGGCGCAGGGAUCUCCCAAAGCGGAGAGUGUUCUGCUGGCGAGGCGCGGUGCCAAAAUGACGAAUAGCGUCUGUCAAUCAUCGGAAGUUCUGUCAAAGUCCCAGGAACGAUUCGCCACGCGGUGCUAUGACAGUCCUUUCUCUGACACACCUGUCCGAGACAACGGGGUCAUUAUGCGCAACAGGAGGCGGCUGGAGGAGGGGAAUCCCAGACACGCAGAGCCGCGUCACGUUCAGCGCGUUGCCGACAGCAGCUGUGCUUCGUUCCGACAUCCAUCGCUGCCGUACCGGGGAAGGGGCGAGGAGAACCCCGACACGGAUCUGUCAUCUGUUGCCAACGCCGCUGUCACCGCUAAAUGUCACAUGGCUGCUCCCAGGGGAAAUAACUCUGGCAGCUCUGGUGAAGAUGAGAUUAACAUUACAUCGGAUGAUGACACAGACAUGUAUGAGAGCAAAACGGGCCCGACAACACAGUUUCGACCCCUCAGAGACGUAUCAGAAAGAAAGGCACACUCAACUGUGGACACCUGUUCAGAGGAGUGUCUUUGCUAUAUCUGUGGCGCCGGUCUCAGACAUGAUGGCCGUUUUAAAGUCAGUGUUCAGAAACAGGAGAAGGCACAAGGCGAACCCUUCUUUCCGUUCCUGUGGCUUCACUCCCCUCCUCGGGGCGCAAUACCUAUCAGUCCAGCGGGUACAACCCUGGUAUGUGGCAGCUGCCACACCUCCCUCAUGCAGCAGUGGCAGGGCUUCCAGCUGGCCGAUGUGCCUGUCCUCCAGCGCUUGUAUGUGGUGCCGCUCAACCAGCCCACAGGCUCUAUCCAUCCCUCUCAGCUUACUCCAACAGAGUCCACCGAGUGCUUGGCUGAACCCAGGGCUUCCCAUGAGGCCUGUUUUCUCUGUGGUCAGGAGUGUGGAGGAGAUAUGAGAGUUGCAUAUGCACAGGCUGGCGUUGGUAAAUCUCGCGGUGCGAUGUAUUUCCCUUUUAUCAACAUGUUACCGUGCCCUCCUAAUGCCCAAGGCGUGAGGAAUGGCCGUGUACACUGCUGCCCGCAGUGCCAUUUCAUCCUGGAGCAGAUCUGGGGUGCGUAUCGACUCAGCCUCAGUGAAGACCUCAUCACCUGCGUCAGCUCCUUCCUGGUCAGGUACCACGCUGCCAUGGCCCCUGAGGGGUCCGGAACAGCCCAUUCCCGGACGGUUGUGGCCACUCGCCCCGGCGGCUCCAUGUCCGCGUGUUACCUGUGUGGAGCUGAGCUAUGUGCUGGCGGAGAGUUCCAGCUGCACGUCAACCCGCCUGGGCGUUGUGGAGAGAGGGAGCCUUUCUUUCCCUUUCUCACCGUCCACCCUCCUGCUCCCCGGGCCAAGCCAGUAGACUCCACAGGCCUGGUGUCAUCCUGUAAUCUCUGCUACCAUGACCUACACACCCAGUGGGCCCAACAUGAGGGUCUGGGUCCCUCCACCCCAUCCAGCACUAGUUUAUCCAGUGCCAACCCUCAGCCACCCAGCUCCCCUUGGGCCCGCCAGUACAGCUGUGAGGCUUUUGUGUGUUUCUUCUGCAGGAAGGAGCAGCGCAGGCAAGGUAGGCUGUGCGCUGUGACGGUGGCCAGGCUUCCUGUGUUCCUGUAUGCACCUCGCAGCACACGCACGCUCCUAGUGGAUGAUGGGAGGAGAUUGGUGAUUGGCUCGUGUUUGGAAUGUAAGGCCAUGGUGCAGGUUGGACAGAGCAUGCAGCAGGACAAGGAGAGGCUCGGACAAGGGGCCUCAGACGAGGAGAGGAAAGAUCCAGCAUCCGCCCCGCCGCAGAGUAGACACAGGGCAUGUUCUGUGAUUGAGAGUGUGGACGGAGCCAGUAAGGAGGUGGACUCGAGGCCUCCGCAGCCUGCUGGGGACCACGCUCUUUCUCACCCGGUGACCUCGGAGCCAGAGAAAGAUGACAGAGCUGACCGGCCUCUUUCCAGCAUGAGCCAUGAGCCAAAGUCACCAUCGUUAGGAAUGAUCUCCACAGCGACCCGUACCACGGCGACGGUCAGCCCCCUCACCCCGUCGCCUCUCAACGGCUCCCUCGUAGCCAAUGGAAGCCCCGCUAACCAGUCUGCUCACUCCGGAUUCGCCGCAGCCCUCCGUAAGCUGGCAAAACAGGCCGAAGAACCUCGAGCUGCGUCCUCCAUCAGCAGCGAGUCCUCGCCGGUGUCCUCCCCGGCCACCAACCACAGCUCUCCCGUCAGCACACCUAAGAGGGGUCCCCUCGGCCCAGGGCCCGUCCUGGUUCCCCCAGCGGGACACAGCGUGCCAAACACCCCGCCCGUAGUCACCAUUGCUCCGACAAAGACGAGCAACGGGCUCUGGAGGAGCGAGGGACGGCAGGCUGACUCGGGGCCUCGUGGGGCCAGCAGGGAACGUCUGGGUGGGGAGGGGAACCUCCCACAGGAAAAGGGUGGCCCCUCGGUCCCUGCCCACCUCCUGGGAAACCCCUAUGCCUUUGGUCUCACCCCCGGUGCUGUCAUGCAGGAUUCACGGUUCCAGCCUCUCAAUCUGCCCAGACAGUUGCCCCCUGGUCAUGUACCUGAAGAGUACCUGCGUGGCUUCCGGCCCUACGCCACGACUGAGGAUGCCCUCCGCAUGCCCUCCCUGCCUUUGGGCCUGGACCCGGCCACUGCAGCUGCCGCAGCUGCUUACUACCACCCCAGCUACUUGCCUCACCCUUCCUUCACGCCGUACAGGAUGGAUGACCCUUUCUGCCUCUCCGCCUUGAGGUCACCUUUCUAUCAGCUGCCAGGAGGGGGCGCUUUACCUCCCAUCCACCCCUCUGCUGUUCACAUGCACCUGCAAGGGGUCCGCUACCCCGGGGACUUCACGCACCCCUCACUGUCAGCACUGCAGUCAGAGAGGCUCCAGCUGGAGGAUGAGCUGCGACAGAGAGAGAGGGAGCGGGAACGAGAACGUGAGCGCGACAAGGAGAGGGAGCGGGAGGCUGAGCGGGAGAAGGAGCGGGAGAGAGAACGAGAGCGGGAGAGAGAGAGGGAGAAGGAGCUGGAGAGGGAGAGGGAGAGGGAGCGGGAGAGAGAGAGGGAGAGAGAACGGGAGAGGGAGAGAGAAAGGGAGAAGGAGCUGGAGAGGCAGAAGGAGAGGGCACUGAGGGAGAAGGAGCUGCAGGCAUCCAAGGCUAUGGAGAGCCACUAUUUGGCUGAGCUCCAUUCCAUGAGGGGGCAGGAGGACAGAAGCAAGCCUGAGAGACUCCCCCCUAAUCGGGCAGGGAAAACCAAAGAUCCUGCACCUCCAACUCCUAAACCAGUGCCGCCAGGACUCCACUCUUCAAUGGUGCAAUCCCAUCACCCCAUCCCUGGUCUGAUACCGGGCCACAGCCUCUACAUGGGAUCCAGCGCAGUCGUGGCGGGGCUCUCGGCCUCGAUGAUCGCUCAGCGGACCAACGAGGAGGAGCGGUGGUUGGCGCGGCAACGUAAGCUGCGGCAAGAAAAAGAGGACCGUCAGUACCAGGUGUCUGAAUUCCGCCAGCAGGUUCUGGAGCAGCACCUGGACCUGGGCCGGCCGGGGGACGCGCCAGAUCACAGGACAGACCCACACAGAUCUGUACCAAACCACCACGAACCAGGAAGCCGGGACCUCCACUCUCACUUAGGUGCCCCUCCACCCCUAAUCUCGCCCAAACCUCCUCUGCCACUUCGCGAACACCACCCUCCCACCACCCUCUGGAACCCCGCAUCUCUUAUAGAAACCCCUUCAGAGUCCAGACGUAACCACGAGCCCUCAGGGAUGGGACACUACGAGCUCAGUCGACUGCCCCCAGGGCUCUCCAAAUACGAGGAUGGAGCACGAAGGAGAGAAGGGGGACCAAUGGAGAAGUAUCCCCCGAUGAGAGGUCCUCCGGGCCUGCCAGAACCCAGCACAUUCCUUGCUGAUCUGGAAAAAUCCACCCAGUCCUUCUUCAGCCAGCAGAGGGCAACACUGUCCCUGUCCAGCCAGUAUGAACUGGAGGGAGCCAUGAAAAGCAAUGCUGGACUCAAGAACCUCCAGGGACACGCGGGGCAUAGCAGACAUGGACAAGGGCUGGGAAUGGCCCCCGGGCCCGGGAUGGGACAGGUAGCCACCGCAGGGAUGGGUCAAGACGCAAUGCUGAUCUACGACGAAUUCCUUCAGCUGCACAGAAGGCCUGUCAGCAAGCUGGACCUGGAGGAGAAGAGGAGGAGGGAGGCCAGGGAGAAAGGUUACUACUACGAGCUGGAUGACUCAUAUGAUGAGAGCGACGAGGAGGAGGUAAGAGCCCACCUCAGGAGAGUAGCGGAGCAGCCCCCACUCAAACUGGAUGACUCCACAGAGAAAGUGGACUUCCUGGGAGCGUUUGGCUUGACCACGGUGGGCCGGCGGGACGAGCUGGUGCAGCAGAAGAGAAGGAAGAGGAGGAGGCGGCUCAGGGAGCGCAGCCCGUCUCCACCUUUCUCGCAGCUGAAGCGCACCCCCCCUCCUCCGCCCCAACUCAGCACGCGCUUCACCCCGGAGGAGAUGGACCGCGCACCCGAGCUGGAGGAUAAGAAGCGCUUCCUCAACACGUUCAAACUGUCCCAUGUCACCAUACAUGAGAGGAGAGAUAAUGAAAAGGUGGUCGAGCUGCUUCAGGCCAUUAAAGAGAAGAGCGUAACCUUGGACACCGUCAGGCAUGCCCCUCAUCCGCUGUGUAAGAGUCCUCCAGCACAGAUUUCUGAUUCUGCGUUUGUCCAGCCCUCCUCUGACUCAGAAGGCCGUCACGGUGUCAGACCCGCUAGCCCCCCCUCACAUUGCCCAGCGUCCCCCAAUGGUCACCUCAAACCCCUCGGGGAGACAUUAAGACCAAAGGAACCUCCUUCUCCAGCUGUCUACCCAGACAAGGCCCGGGGGCCUAGUGAGGGGCCGGCCUCCAAGAGGAGCUCCAGCCUACUGAACAGCUUGCGGCCCCCACACCCCCUGCAGGCUAAAGAGGGCCCCCACAGCAUCAAUGGACGCACCAAACCCUGGGACAGCUUCACCCCGGAGGAAUUCGCUCAGCAGUUCCACGAAUCCGUGCUUCAGUCCACUCAGAAGGCUCUGCAGAAACAUAAAGGUGGAGCCACAGGGAUGUCGGAGACGUCCCACCUCCAGGAGUCCUCUGUCCACUACAACAUUCCAGAGCUUCAGGGCGCGCCGGGUCGGCCGCCGCAACCGCAUCCGCAAUCCCACGCGAAUGCACAUUCAUUUAGCCACCCGCUCUCACUUGCCCACCCUCAGCCCAACGGGCAGCACUUCUCUGUGGCCCUGCACCGGGAGGCCUCAGGGAUGAGGGAGGACCUGUCUGGUCCGGAUGACUCUGAGGAGGAAGAGGAUGAGGAAGAAGAGCAGGCUCCUGCUUCCAAGUGGCAGGGGAUUGAAUCUAUAUUUGAAGCUUAUCAGGAAUACGUUGAAGAGCAAACUUUGGAACGGCAAGUUCUGCAGAGCCAGUGUCAAAGACUAGAAGCUCAGAACUACAACCUCAGUCUGAGUGCUGAGCAGCUGUCUCACAGCAUGAGGGAGCUGAUGUCCCAGAGACAGAAGCUGGCGGUGGAGCGGGAGAAGCUACAAGCAGAGCUGGAGCACUUCAGGAAGUGUUUGACGCUGCCUCAGACACACUGGCCGAGAGGCGGCCAUUACAAGGGCUACCCCCCCAGGUGACCCCAACACGCCGAGCCGAUGGCCCCUGGGGCUACUCCACUUUCAGACUGACACCCAGAGUUUAUUUUUCAUGGCCGGGUCCAGACGUCCCCACGGAGGAGAAAUACGGCUGGCUAGAUUGGACGAAUGGAUGGAUGAAUGGAUGGAUGCAUGCAUGGAUGGGUGGAUGGAUGAAUGCAGAGGAGACAGGACCAUACGUUGAAGGAACGACAGUCUUUGGAGUGUGGCCACUGAGCCACGAGCCACUACCGCGUGCUAAUGUAGCCAACCCAGAGAGCACGGGACAGGAGUAGCCUUCAGCCCCCGCCGCUCGCUCCUUCAGCUCCUUGCAUCCCUCACCGCCACAGCCACAGAGACAAUCCUGCCAACGAGGGGGAGCAGCUACCCCCCCACCCCC